UUUUGUAAAUUGUACAUGGUCAGUAGAAUAUUACGUAAGUCAAGGCUGUGUGCAAAUUUCUUGAUGGUCUGCAGUAUCUUUACAGGUCUAGGAUUGGUCAAGACUGACAGGAGGCGGAGUUUUCCCAUACAACGAUACCGCAUAUUUUUGAGAAAGAACGAAAAGGAUAGAAAGAACAAUUAUUCACACAGUCGAUGCAUCUGUAAGGAUAUGCGCCACGUGAUUCGGGAUCUUACCCGAAUCACAAAGUUUCUGAAAAAAAAUACGCUGUGCCCUGUUGAACAAAUAGAAAAUGAGAGGCGAACGAGCACACCCAAGAGACCAAGGGGAAUAGGAGAGCCGCCUAACGCACCUGUGCGAAACCCAAGAGAAAUUAUCUCAAUAAGUGACGAUUCCACUUUUGAGGAGUUUGUCAAGUACAUGAAUUGGAGCAGCAUGUAUGAAGAUGAAAGUAAAAGUGGUCCCGGACCAUGCGGACCGGUUCAUGAAGGGGCCAAUGAAAUUGUGGAGGAAAGUAACCAGGAGCAUGUUUCUUCAUGCAUGGAAGUGACUUCCACCCAGCCAAAAGAAAAUUAA